GCCUGCUUUACAUAUCCGACUCUUAUUACACAACUGCACACAACUAUAGGUAAGACAAUGAUUCGUUGAGCAGGAGCUCGAGCUCUCCCCCCGUUGGCUGGAUUGUACACGUCAGCAGUCAAUACAGUGUACCCAAGAUGUAUCAUAGUCCCAUCAUCCUCUUCCUGGUAUGAGAGUGUUGACACAUUACACCUUGGGGUGGCUGGAGCGACGGUUCGGCAAAUGACCCGCUUUUCAAGCGGAAAGACAGUCCUGCGCGCGAGGAAAGGCAGCCAUCAAGAAACGGUUGACGUUUGGAUUACCUCGCGCGACGUUCGACCGUACACUGCCUCCCCGCACGAGGACACGGCGUCGCGAACAACGUUUACGAUGACGGCGCGCGCGAUUAGGUGAACGAAAGCCGUUGUGUUCCAAAGUCUACUUUUACUUUCUCCCCAAAAAAUGAGGUUUCGGCUGCUCAAAAGGAAUGUGCUCGCGCUGUUGGGUGUUUCCUUUGUAGUAGUGACUCUACUGUUGUCAACACGUGUGUUAUUAGUUUCUGAUAAUGACACAGCUGCACCUAACGCCGUCGUUCAGGUUAAUCAGUGCACGCGCUCCGGUGCCAUGGCGAAGUUUAACUUGGGCUCGCUCGCAGAGUUGGCCGAGUCCGUGUUCAAUGCCAAUUACAGGCAGUGUGUUCACAACGCGGAUAGGUUCCCAGGGGAGCCUAGACUGGUGCUGGUUGUGCAGGUCCACAACAGGCCUGAAUACCUCAGACUGCUCAUCAGGUCGCUGGAGAAAGCAGCUGAAGUCCACAGCUUCCUCCUCAUCUUUAGCCAUGACUACUUUUCAGAAGAAGUAAACGCCAUUGUGCAAGGGAUAACUUUCUGCAAAGUCCUGCAAAUUUAUUUCCCCUUCAGCACCCAGCUGUAUCCCAAUGAGUUUCCUGGAAAGGAUCCGCGUGACUGCCCUCGAGACAUAUCCAAGGACAACGCUCUCAAAACAGGAUGCCUGAACGCAGAGCACCCGGACUCAUAUGGACACUACAGGGAGGCGUUCAUCACUCAGACAAAACACCACUGGUGGUGGAAAUUGCACUUUGUGUGGGAGCGAGUGCAGGCGAUGCAGGGCUACAGUGGCUUUGUAGUCUUUCUGGAGGAGGACAACUACAUCUUACCGGACUUUUUCCAUUUCUAUAAAUCAAUGAUGGCGUUCAGGAAAAGCAGCUGCCCGGAUUGUGACAUGCUGUCCUUAGGUAACCACGACGGCCUGGCUGAUUUCACCAGACUGUCCAAUAAAGUGUUGACCACUGGGUGGAUGUCCACUAAACACAACAUAGGCAUGGCCAUCAGCAGGGAGGUGUACUACAAACUGAUGGGCUGCAACAACGAAUUCUGCACCUACGACGACUACAACUGGGACUGGACUCUGCAGCACCUGUCGGGAACCUGCAUAUCAAAGCCCGUCAAAGUGCUUGUGGCGCAGGGCUCCAGGGUUCUCCACACAGGAGACUGUGGCCUUCACCAGAAGGAAAACUGCAGGCCGGAAUGGGCCUCGCAGAAGGUAGAGGAGAGCCUUCUAGCGGCCAAGGACGGCCUCUUCCCGCCGUCUCUUGUCCUUAACGGUGCAGAAGGAGUGGAGCACAAGGCGCACAUGAAGAACGGAGGGUGGGGGGAUGUUCGAGACCAUAUUCUAUGCAGAAACUACGCCAAACGUCUUUGAACUCGCAACUUUUCUCUAAGUCAUAUUCUUCCUUGGUAUUCUGCAGAUGUGCCAUUCAUACAUCACUUUUCAGGUUUUCCAAGGCUGCAGCGGGUUGUUUUUUUCAUUUGGGAGUGUGCAAAGGUUCUCUUCCUACAAGGUCUUCCAAGAAAAGGGACCGAAUCAAAUCCCCCAAAAAUGCUGCUGGUACACAGCUAAGACUUCAGCUUGUUUUGUUGUUUUAUUUCUAAUCACCAAAGUUGCACAGUUGCCAAAGACAUUUUUUAAAAUCUUUUUGUCUUUAAAUUUUUUUUAUGUGUGUUGAAUGCAGACAAUCAUGUCGCCAAGUGUGUUUACUGUAUCUCUGGGUGUCUUCACAAGCCAAAACAUUAGAUGCACAUUGAUGAGCGUACACUAUAUCAGAAUGUACACACACUCUCUCACGCACACACAUACAAAUUUGCAAUUUUUAUUUGCAAAUAUAUUUUUUUUCUUGAAUGGGAACGUAGCACAGGACGUAGGUAAUACGCGGUUUAUUCACAAGUUCACUGUGUUAGUGUGAUGAAUGCCUGGUUUUUCUUUUAUGGCCCAUUCAGCUGGGAUGCUUUUGCACGCGCUCUUUAAUGGUACGAUUUUUUAAAUUGCAACAACAAGACUGUACUGUACAGACUUGUAUAGGUUUAAUUAAAAAGAAAAAAUAGUAAGACAAUCUUAAAUAAAAUUGUGGGGAAAGUUGUAGUUUAUACAGCAACCGUCUUUUUUUUUUUCCAACUUGACCAUGGACUAUAAGGCCAAAAAAUGAUUGAAUGCAUGUAAUGGAAUUUGUGUUACUGGAACCAGGGGUCUUUUUCUUUUGAGGUGAGGUCCACUGGUACCACUUACUUAAUCAGUCCCUGCUCCCCACUGUAAUGACCCCUGGUUGCAACAAGAGAGCUGGCUUGAUGUUUUUCUUUUGGCCGUGUCUCUUAUUUGCUUACCGAUAGGUGGAACGGGCCCUUUUGGAGUCUUGUUCAAGAUCUUUUGUUCUGCAAACAUCAGGGGGAUCUGGGAUUCGGCAUUCCUAUAUUUGCACCUUCUCUGUUAGAAUUUAUUUUUGGGAUAUGACAUCCAAAUGAAGACAGAAUACAUUGUUUUGGGGGUUUAAAAAAAAAAAGUAGUUUCUGGCAUUCACUACUAGUCCAACUAAUAAUCCUACUAUAGCUGAAGUUGUGUUAUCAACACAAGCAUAUUGAGCGAUUAUUGCCUUAAAAGCUGACCAACAGUGCUUUGAUUGUUAUUUGUACCAUUAAAAAAUAAAAAUACAGAAGUACAAAUGCAUUAAUAAGUGCUGGGGACUUGUGUGUGUGUGUGUAUAUAUAUAUUUUUGUAUGUCUUUGUUCAUGAGAUGUUGAGGGAAAAUGGAAUGUGACUGUCAAUUUCACAAAAAAUCAUUGCAUUGUACAAUUAGGUAAAAACUAAUGGCAUGGCUCUGGCAUCCUGUAACGGGGGACAGCGGCUCCAGAGAAGUGGUUCAAUCUGAUAUUGGUUCACCUAUGUGUGCCUUAUGGAGAUUCCUGGUAAAAUAAUAUGAAAUUAAUGUGAUAAUGAAACAAAUCUUUUUAUUUGAUUUCAAAAAGCACAAUUUUUUUUUUAGGAACAUGGCAUGUACUUUGUAGAAAUGACUUCAUUGAAGCGUGUGUGUGGGAUGUUUGAUUUCUUAGUGGGUUGAGAAUAAGACCAACUUUUUUUUUUUUUCUUUCUGAUAAUCACUUGAAUAAGCGGUUCAUUGUUCACCUGUUGUCUGCCAAAUGGAUAAAUAAAGGGUGAACUUUCA